GCCGGCGAUUGCAUCAUCCCGGCCGAGGCGCUCGACAAUGCCGAGCCCGGUGCUUGCGACUUUUACGCCUCGUUACUCCACGAGGAAGAUGAUCGAGUUGCGGCGCAGGGCACGAUUACGAUGAUCAUCCGAGCCGUCACCAAGGCUCCUUUGGCCUGCCCUCGAGGCAUCUCCCACACCCAAUUCUACCGACCGGCAUGGCUUCCUCAAAGCCCCCGGGCCCCCAUCCGCAUCUUCCAAACGAGUGCACCUUCGAGACGCGACCAACCCAAGCCGCCGACGACGGCAAAGAUCGAUAAUGGCGCCGAUAAGACCACGGCACAGCUCUCCAAGGCAGAACCUGCCAAGGCGAAGAAGAGUGCGGCCGUCGAUCCUCUCGCAACGCCAGAAAAGUCUACACAGGAGCAGCGCAAGGCCGACUGGGCCAUCAUGAAGGAGAUGUCGCGAUACUUGUGGCCCAAGGACAGCUUGAGCACAAAGUUCCGCGUCGGACUGGCUGUUUCCUUGUUGAUUGGCGCAAAGGUCCUGAACGUGCAGGUUCCCUUCUACUUCAAGAGCAUCGUGGAUUCUAUGAAUGUCGACUUUGGCGCAACCGGCGGCACGGCGGUGACAAUCGCGGGGAGUAUGAUCUUGGCAUACGGUGCGACGAGGAUAGGCGCCACAAUCUUCCAGGAGCUCCGAAACGCCGUCUUUGCUUCCGUUGCUCAGAAGGCCAUCCGGCGAGUCGCUUGCAACGUCUUUGAUCAUUUGCUGCGGCUGGACCUCAGCUUCCAUCUGUCCAAGCAGACUGGUGGACUGACAAGGGCGAUUGAUCGCGGUACCAAGGGCAUCAGCUUCUUGCUGACGAGCAUGGUCUUCCAUAUUCUCCCCACUGCACUGGAAAUCUCGAUGGUCUGCGGUAUCUUGACGUACCAGUAUGGCGCCAAGUUCGCCGCCAUUACGGUACUCACCAUGGUUGGGUACACGGCCUUUACUAUCUGGACGACAGCUUGGAGAACAAAGUUCAGGAGACAAGCAAACGCGGCCGAUAACAAGGCAUCGACAGUUGCCGUAGACUCGCUGAUCAACUACGAGGCUGUCAAGUACUUCAACAACGAGAAAUUCGAGGUCGCGAGAUACGAUCAGGCCCUCCAGGUCUACGAGAAGAGCUCCAUCAAAGUCGCAACUUCGCUAGCCUUCCUCAACAGUGGACAAAACAUCAUCUUCUCCUCGGCGCUGACAGCCAUGAUGUAUCUGGCUGCUAACGGUGUUGCCCAAGGCACGCUUACUGUCGGUGACCUCGUCAUGGUCAACCAGCUCGUGUUCCAGCUCUCCGUACCCCUCAACUUCCUUGGUUCCGUCUACCGUGAGCUUCGCCAGUCAUUGCUCGACAUGGAGACACUGUUCAACCUGCAAAAGGUCAACGUCUCCAUCAAGGACGCGCCCGACGCCAAACCCUUGGCUCUGUCCAAGGGUGGACAAAUUAGAUUCGAAAACGUCACCUUUGGCUACCACCCCGAUCGCCCCAUCCUCCGCAACCUGUCGCUUACCAUCCCGGCUGGCAAGAAGGUCGCCGUCGUCGGUCCUAGCGGCUGCGGAAAAUCUACCUUGCUCCGACUCCUCUUCCGUUCGUACGACGCGCAGUCUGGCCGCAUCUUUGUCGACGAUCAGGAUAUUCGCCAAGUCCAGGUGGACUCUCUCCGCCGGGCCAUUGGCGUUGUUCCCCAGGACACUCCGCUUUUUAACGACACCAUCGAGCACAACAUCCGAUAUGGCGACAUGUCAGCACCCCCGGAGCGCGUCAUCGCCGCCGCUCAGCGCGCACGCAUCCACGAAAUCAUUGAGCGGUUCCCCGAUGGAUACCAGACGAAGGUGGGAGAGCGUGGCUUGAUGAUUUCCGGCGGAGAAAAGCAGCGUCUGGCCGUCAGCAGACUCCUUCUCAAGGACCCGCCUCUGCUCUUCUUCGAUGAGGCCACCAGCGCGUUGGAUACCCACACCGAGCAGGCUCUUAUGCUCAACAUUAACAGCAUUCUUCGUGAAAAGGCACGGACCAGUGUAUUCGUAGCCCACAGACUGCGCACCAUUUUCGACGCGGACCUCAUCAUCGUACUGAAGGAGGGCAACGUAGCCGAGAUGGGUACCCAUCGUGAACUUAUUGACAGGGGCGGACUCUAUGCUGAGCUCUGGAGUGCUCAGGAAACCCUGUUCGAUGCCGAUGGCCAAGAACGCGAGCAACCAGAGGAGGAUACGAAGAAGCCACCUGCGGCACGCUAA